AUGGACGCCCAGUUGGUCUGCAGCUUCCUCAGCUUGCUGCUGUCUGCUACCGGAGCCUGCGGCUCCGGUGACGACGGCUGGUCCCUGAAGGUGCAGCCGGAGGUGCGAGCCAUCGAGGGCUACCCGGCAGUGCUGCCCUGCACCUUCAGCCACCCGCAGCACUCCCAGCAUGCCUCGCUGCAGGUGGUGUGGCGCCUGGGCCACGGCCGCAGCGCCGCCGUCCUGUUCCGCUGCACCAGCCGGGCGGCAGCGGCGAGCUGCGAGCCGGGCCCCCAGCAGGACCAACGCUACCGGCUGGAGGGGAACCCGCGGGAACACGACCUCUCGCUGCGUAUCAACAGCGCCGCCCUGCAGGACAGCGGCCGCUACUACUGCCGGAUGGAGGUGCAGGGCCACGAGCACGAGCACGCCAGCUACGAGGACAAGAUGGGCACCAGGCUGCGAGUGGAGGCCGCCCCGCGGAUCCUGGGCCUGUCAGUAGAGGGCAGCGAGGAGUCGGGGUACAGAGCACUGUGCCGGGUGCAGGGCUCCCCGCUCCCGGACGUCCAGUGGCUGGGGCCGGACGAGCUGCUGGAGGGGGCCGCCGUGGGCCCGCUGGCCCAGGGCGUGCCGGGCCGCUACCACACGGUCAGCCAGCUGCAGGACGUGGCGCCCGGCCAGCAGUACACCUGCAGCGCCUCCAACCCGCUGGGCAAGGAGCAGGCCGCCCUGUACGUCCUGCCCCCCCGGCCCGGGCCCCCCUCCGUGGGGGCCUCGCCGCCGCUCAUGCUCCUCCUGUCCGUGUCACUGGGGGCCAAAGUGCUGCUGCUGCUGGGUGUCGGGGCGUGGCUGGUGCAGGGCGGGGUGCUGCCCGGCCUCGGCUGCUGGGCCAGAUAACCCCCCCACCCCCUGCUCCUUCUCUCUGUAUGUUAAGUUCUUCCAGUUCCUUCACAGUGUUCCUGUUCCACCCGGCAGGAUUAGCACCAGCAAACACCAGGAUGUAGCAUAUAAUCUUCUGCACAGUUAUCUGGCUAACUUUCUAAUCCUGGAUUGUGGAUUACCCUCCUGGUGUUGUACCAGGCUCAGAUUGGUAUUUUAUCAGCAGUUGAUUGAUUUUGCAUUUAUUUUAGAACCAAUCAAUACUGCAUUCACUGUGUUUGUGAAGCCCUAAACCUUGUAUUAUUAUUGAUAGUAUCAUUAUUAUUAUUGUUAUAGUGAUGGUCUAA